GCCGCCUGCUGUGUCGCCGUCUAAUAAACCUUUAAGGAAAUGGCCUCUAGACCAGAGGAGGAUCUACACUGUCCUGUCUGCCAUGAAAUCUUCCAAGAGCCUGUCCUCCUGUCAUGCAGCCACAGUCUCUGUAGAGCCUGUCUUUGGACAUGGUGGACGCAGAAAUAUCUUUUGUGCCCAGUUUGUAAGACGAGAUCUUUACAAAGUGAUCCGCCCCGAAACCUGGCACUAAGGAACCUCUGUGAACAUUUUUUAAGGGAGAAAACUGAGAGACCUUCAGCGGGCUCUGCAAGUGUCUGCAGUCUGCACUCUGAGGAACUCAGGCUCUUCUGUCUGGAUCAUCUGCAGCUGGUGUGUGUCGUCUGUCUGCAUUCAGAAACACACAAAAACCAUAGCUUCAGUCCCAUCAAUGAAGCUGCGCGGGACUACAAGGGGAUACUUAGGGAACUUCUGAAACCCCUACAGGAGAAAAUGGAGCUCUUCACUGACAUUAAAGGAAACUUUGAUCAAACAGCAAAAGACGUUGAAGUUCAGGCACAAGACACAGAGAGGCAGAUUAAGGACGCCAUCUCGAUGCUUCAGACGUUUCUCAAAAAGGAAGAGCAGGAAAGGAUGGAGGCGCUGAGCAAGGAAAAGCUGCAGAAGACUAAGAUGUUGAAGAGGGAGAGCGAGACUCUAAGCAAAGACACAGCAGCUCUUUCAGACACAAUCAGAGCCACAGAGGAGGCGCUGAGAGCUGAAGAUAUCUCGUUCCUGCAGAGGUACAAGACUGCAGCUCAAACUGUCCAAUCUUUCCCACUGAAUGAUCCACAGCCGAUGUCAGAGGCUCUGAUAGACGUGGACAAACACCUGAACAACCUGCCCUUCAACAUCUUGGACAGUAUGAAGAAGGAGGCGUUAAGAGGAACCCCUUCGUACUCAGUUCCUUCCGCAACAACAGGUGAAAUUAUCGGUUUGAGGCUCCACAGCUGAAAAAACUCGCAGGUCUGAUCUCAACUUACAAAGCACUUUAGAAACUCACCAACACAGAAUCAGAUCAAAGUGAAACUAGCAUUUACAUUCUGUUCAAAUGAAUUUCAUGAAUGUGUUUUUGCAGUUAGCUUUAGCUUUAGCAGCUAAAGAGCUAAACUGUGGUUCUGUCCAAAGCACUACUCCAUUCAUUCUGCUCUGUCGGUUAUUUCUUAAUCAAAUGUCACUUUAUCUAAAAUAGUCUUUAGAUUCAGAUUUCAAAUAUUUUUGGUGACAAGGGACCUAAGACCUAAGUCUUUUAUUAUUAUUAUUAUCAUUAUUAUUACUAUGAUUAUUAUUCUU